UUCUUAGUUAAACAACAACUCACUUUUCCUCUUCAAGUCCCGAUAUAGAAACUUCUCUUUUUUCAUCUCUUUAACUCAAAACUAUUACACUACUGAUCAUAAGAACUCUCACAGAUCUCAUCAUUUUGUCUAACAGAUUCUUCUUGCAAUCAAAAUCAUCCACAAAAUCAAGAAAUGGGCCGAGGAAAAAUUGAAAUCAAGAGGAUAGAAAACCCUACAAACAGGCAGGUUACUUAUUCCAAGAGAAGAAAUGGAAUUUUCAAGAAAGCUCAAGAACUCACUGUUCUUUGUGAUGCUAAAGUUUCUCUGAUUAUGUUCUCUAACACUGGCAAAUUUCAUGAGUACAUUAGCCCUGCAACAACGACGAAGAAGAUAUUUGAUCAGUACCAGAAGACUUCUGGGAUAGAUCUGUGGAUUACUCAUUAUGAGAGAAUGCAAGAUCAUUUGAGGAAGCUGAGAGAUAUAAACAAUAAACUGAGAAGAGACAUCAGGCAAAGGAUGGGCGAGGAUUUGAAUGAAGUUGGGAUUGAUGAUCUGCGUAGUCUUGAGCAAAAAAUGACUUCUGCCUUGGAGAUUAUACGUGAAAGGAAGUACCAUGUGAUCAAAACACAGACCGAAACCUAUAGAAAAAAGGUAAGAAAUUUGGAAGAAAGGCAUGGAGACCUCAUGCUAGAAUUUGAAGCAAAAUGUGACGAUCCACAUUAUGGCUUAGUAGACAAUGAGGGAGACUAUGAAUCUGCAAUUGCACUUGCAAAUGGAGCAUCCAACCUUUACGCUUUCCGCCUCCACCCUCCGCCUCCUACCAUUCAUCACGCCGCAGGAUUUGGAUCCCACGGGCUGCACCUCGCUUAACCCGAAUUACAACAUUUGAUCUUCUACCUUAAACAUCUGUCUAAUUAUCUAAUCGAGAUGCCUACAUAAAACUGUGUUCUCUAAUGUAAUAAGACGUACCAUUCUACUUAGUUCUAGUACUCUACAUAUGACUUAUGCUUGGCCUGCACAAAUUAUAAAUUUGCUUUCAUGCUUAUUAUUUAAAAAAAAAACAUCCAGAUGGUAAGUGAUAUUUGACUAUCAAAGUGAAGAAUAAUUGCAUUUA